UUCAAUUAUUUCCUUCUGCACUUUGGAUCGGAUCAGAGAAAAGACCGGAUAAAGCAGCAGUGUAGGCCUUUUUACAGUCUAAUACGAAACCUAGCUGGUUCAAGUUUAAGUUGGCUAGGAGAACAGAACAAGGAUUAAGAAUCAUCCUGAAUGGAUACAAACUACAAUAGGCCUGAAACAUGGAGACUAUAAGCAAUAGCCAAGAAGAGAACUUGAAUGUAAAGGAGGAGCCGAGGGAUCCCACCAGCCAAGCGUCUGACACACUGCUCCCACAAGAUGUAUUAUGUGACUCCUGCAUGGAUAGCCCCAGUAAGGCCCUAAAAUCAUGCCUGACCUGUCUGGUUUCCUACUGCGAGGGUCAUCUCAGACCUCAUCUGGAGAACGCCAAGUUUCAAAACCAUCGACUGGUGGACGCCCUCCAUGACAUUGACAGUCGGGCUUGUGAGGUUCAUCAAUUUCCCCUUGAACGCUUCUGUCUGAUGGAUGGCUGCUGUGUGUGUCUGGACUGCGAAAGCCAGGAGCAUAAAGGUCACACAACAGCAACUGUGGAGGAGGCACGCACUCAGAUUGAGACUGAACUGGAGAAAACGCAAGUAGAGAUCAGUCAGAGUGCCUUAGAAGCUGAGAAAGCAAUUGGAAAACUGCAGAGCAACAAUGACUUAAUUAAGUCUUCGGUGCAGGAGGUUUGCGUCAUUGUUGAACAGCAGUUCAGUAUACUGCAGACAGCCGUGGAAGAGGCAAAGAAAGGGGUGGUGGAGGUGCUGGAGGGUGAGCAGAAGCAGGCUCUCAGACAGGCAGAGGGCAUACAGGCACAUCUGCAGCAGAGGAAUACAGAGUUGGCAAAGACUCUGGCCCAAAUAAACAAGCUGUGCAAACACAAGUCUGAUGUCAACUUUCUGCAGGAGUACUCAGAAUGGAGGAAAGGAGAGGCAGAUGUGUGUUUGCCAAGUGUGUAUAUCAACCGCAUGGACCAUCUGACCUCUUACGUUCAAGUAGUGACUGAUGCUACCCAGGAGCUGUGUGACCUGAUUCUCUCAUGCUACAGGGAAAAACUGAGUGAGAUUUGCAGAAGUGGUACUACAUCCCAGAUGCCAGACCAUUCUUCGCUGCCUGAUCCUGAGACCCCAGAGGACUUUUUAAAAUACACAAGGACUUUGACCUUUGACCCAGACACUACUCAUCAGUUUCUACGUGUAAAAGAGGACAACAGAAAGCUGAUCAACACCAGCCCCUGGCAGCACAGCUACCCAAACCACCCUGAUCGCUUUGAGUAUUGGCGCCAGGCAAUAACUUCAGAGAGCCUUUACCUGGGGAGACACUACAUUGAAGUUGAGCUUAGUGGGGAAGGUGCACAUGUAGGAGUCACAUACAAGAGCAUUGAUCGUAAGGGAGAGCAAAGUGCCAGCUGCAUCACCGGGAAUGACUUUUCUUGGUGCAUAGGGAGGAGCAGCCGAGGUUUCUCCGUCUGGCAUGCUGGUGUGGAGACACUUUUAGAAGCCUCUGAUAUCACAAAAAUUGGCUUAUAUGUUGACUUUCAACGAGGCUCCGUGUCUUUCUAUGAUGUAACUGGUCCCAUGAGGCUGCUCCACAAGUACAGGGGUGAUUUCAUAGAGCCCUUGUAUGUUACUGCCUGGCUGUCAAAGAAGGACAAUGUAGUUUCUCUGGUUCAUAUAAAAUGAAGCCUCUUCCCAUGUUUACCUGUGACACUGCACAAAAUUGCAGCUGCCUUCAGUGCAAGCUCACUAAAAAAAAAUUACUGUAUCAUAAAUGUUUAUUGAGGUUACUUGGCAAGGGACAUAAAGUUGUGUUUUUUUCACAUACGUGUCAUAAAAGGUUACAUUUACUAUCAUCCUGUGGUAACUAUGCAUCAGCAUCGAAAAACCUGUGCAGCAGUUGCUGUGUCAGGAAUUUACAGCAGGUUUAUAACUUUUGCAUGUGAUAUGAAUGAGGAGAAGGUACACAGCUGCCUGCCAACAAUUCCUUUAUUUAUCUUACAAGUUAAUUUGGUAAUUAAAUGCUUCAGUGUCUGGUACCAAUUUUAUGAUUUUAUUUGCAUAUUUGAACCAUUUUAAAUCUAUAAGAGCAUUCAUUAUCUAUGGAGUG